AGAGAUUUUCAAACGUAGAAUAAUGUCAUUACAGUAUAUUUAUUUGACAAGUUGAGAGUUAAUGUAAACUGAUAAAUAUUGAUAAACAAGUAUAUUCAACACUCUAUACAGUACACAUAUCACGAACUUCUAUUCAAUACAACAUGCUUCAAUGAACAAUUAAAUGGAAUUAGUGCAAAAAUUUGAGAGAUUUAUCCAAGUUAAAAGCACUUUGAAUGCAUACAUGACGUCAACGACGAUAUUUUGCCAAUAAUACUAAGCGAUGUAAUAAUAUUUAUGAAAUGGCCUUACCUCCCAAUUUUAAUUUUCACCAUUUAAACUCUCUAUAUGAUACAAACAACUCGAUGCCAUGAUAUAAACGCGUGAUAAUUAUGCAAUCAAUGGAAGUAAACAGACGAUUGUUUUGGUUAUAAGCAUACAUAGAGAUGUCAUCAAUGAGGGUGAAAAGUGAGGGGACAUAAAUUAUUUCAAACUCGAGAGCACCACUAAACGAGAACUCCCGUUCCAGAGUAGUGGCAUUCACACUCACAGUGGCUGAGUCAACCAAUAAACUCAAUCAAUCGGGCAAGCGAUUUAAGAUGUCUUUAGAUACACCAGUCACAAGCCGGAGGAGCAAACUUGGCGUCUCAUUAAUAAAUAUAGGGUACCAAAAUGAGCGUACACCAGAACUUGAUGCUCGAUCUUUCAACAGUUCAAUUGCAUUUGGAAGCAAGAAUACGUUGAUGAGUGAUGACGACGAAGAAAAGGACGAGAAAUCAAUGAAAUACAAACUGGAAGAGUUCUGCACUGAAUCAAGCGUAAAUGCCAUAACAAGAGCUUACAAGACCAAAUCCAAACUUAGACGUUACACAUGGCUGACAAUGUUUCUGUUUUCUGUGACUCUCGUUUUUGCCCAAAGUAGAACUCUCGUCACCAAAUACUUCACCUACCCGUCAGAGGUUAAACUUGAUAUGAUUUACGAACCAGAACUGGAAUUACCAAGCGUCACAAUCUGUAAUCUAAACCCCAUUAGACGAUCAAAAUUGUUUCAUAAUGAAAAAUUCGAGAUGUUUGCUACCAACAGUGAUACGGACGAAGAAGAUGAGUUGUACAAGAGUUAUAAGAACAAAUUGAAUGUUAAUAAUUACGAAGAACCUGACGAGGAAAAUGAUGAUGUGGAAAAUGGAAGUUUUUUGAACGAUGAGACUCAGGAUGGCACUGAACAGACCGAAGCGCAAGACACAACGACAACGACACAAGAUUUAACUACUGAAACAGUUCUUUCCAAUGAUGCAAACGAAGAAACUGUAAAUAAUCCAGGAGAGUCCUUUGAUGAGCCCGGGGAGACUAAUAAUAAUCCCGUAGAGUUCAAUGAUGGCCCCGGAGAGCCAUUUGGAUAUCCCGUAGGGCCCAAUGCAUAUCCCGGAGAGUCUUUUGAUCCCGCAGAGCCCAGUGAAUAUCCCGAAGAGACCAUUGAUGAUCCCGAAGAGACCAUUGAUGAUCCCGAAGAGUCCAUUGAUGAUCCCGAAGAGUCCAUUGAUUAUCCCUCGGAAGGAACAGCAACAACAGAUGCACCAACAUUGAGCUGGGAAGAAGAGGAAGAAGAGGAAGAAGAGGAAGACGACUUUAAUAAAUGGACCUAUUUAGCAAACCAAGGCAGUUCUUUCUACAGUCAAGAAAACUCCAGGCACAAAGAGGCCACAAAAAUGAUGCAGAUGAUAUCUGAAGCGGACGAGGAGACUAUGGGUGAGAUCGGACACCAGCUAGAGGACAUGCUGAUAGAGUGUUCCUGGGCAGGCUACCAAUGCUCUCCUCAGAAUUUCACAAGACUGCAGAAUGAUUACUAUGGCAACUGUUUUACAUUCAACGCGGGCGACAUGGGUAACGCGUACAACCUCUCUUGGACAAAUGAAACCACAGAACCUCUAACAGUCAGUAAAGGAGGACCACUUUAUGGUCUGACAUUGGAGUUAUUCAUAGAACAACAUGAGUACGUAGGGGACUUGAGUCCAGGUGCCGGCAUGAGGGUAGUUGUCCAUUCAGUCUCACAAAUGCCUUUCCCAGAAGAUGAGGGAUUCGACAUAGCACCCGGAUACGCUACUUCAGUGGGACUAAAGAAGACGAAGAUCACCCGUCUCCCUAGCCCCCACGGCACGUGCGAUCCUGAUCUAGAUGCUACCACGUUGUACAGUGACAAAUACGGGGUGGAGUACUCCAAGGAGGCGUGUAUGAAGUCAUGCUACCAGAAAAACGUCAUAGACGUGUGUGGUUGUGCGGUUCAUGAGGUCCCUAAGCCAGAUAACGUUCCCAUGUGUACAAGCGUCAGUGACUCCAUCACUACUAAUACUACUAAUACAACAACGGCUGCUCCAACCACUAUCAGUUCCAAUACAACCACAGAUGAUGAUAAUAGUGGUGAAGAUCAUGAUGAAAUGGGACCAAGUCCAAACGAGCAGUGCAUGAUGAGUGUGGAAGCUGCAUACAAGAAAAAUGAACUUGGAUGUGGAGAAGAAUGUCCACUCAGAUGCCUUGAUUACACCUAUGAUAUGCUUAUAUCAAACGCUGAAUGGCCUUCUAUGGAUUAUAGCAGAAAAUUGACGAGAAAGAUGAUGCAAUCCAGUUCCUCAAUGAAAGGUGUAACUGGAAAUAUGAAGGCAAAUCUUGUGAAGCUUGAAGUCUACUUCCAAGAAAUGUCCGUUGAACAUAUUGAGCAGCAGAAGUCGUAUGAGAUCGAGAACUUAUUGAGUGAUCUAGGUGGUCAACUUGGCCUUUGGUUGGGACUUUCAGCCAUAACAGCCUGCGAGUUCAUAGAAUUUGUCAUUGAUGUUAUAAAACUUAUUAUCACUAAAUGUAGUUCGAAGAGAAAUGAAAGAAGCACAACUCCCAUUGAACCAUUCAAAAGUUGAUAAUUCUCACUCAACAGAUGACAAUAGUCAUUCAAAGGAUGACAAUGAUCAUUCAAGGGAUAAUUAUCCCCAUUAAGCAAAUGAUUCAAAUGAUGACAAUAGUCAUUCAAAGGAUAGCAGAAUUCUUUCAAAGGAAGACGAUUGAUUCAAAGGAAAGCAAUACUCAUAUUUGAAAGCUACAGAUUUUGCGUUAUAUCUUUCGCAUUUCAUAUUUCACAUUUUUGUGAAAAGCUGAUAAAUAAUGUUAAGAAUAGUACUAAGAUGGUCUAGUUAUGAUUGUCACAUUCUAUAAUGAUACAGUUAUUUAACUGAUGGGUUCUAGAAUACUCUUGUUAUAAAAUGAUCGUCAUCAAUGUGAUAAAUGUUUGAAAUAGUUCUUGAAAUGUUCUAGUUAUAGCUGUCAGAUUCCAGAAUGUUUUAAUUAUGAAUGUCAGGUUUCGAGAAUGUUCUAUUUAUGACUGUCAGAUUCUAGAAUGUUCCAAGUUAUAAAUGUCAGGUUGUAGAAUGUUCUAGAUAUAAAUGACAGGCUCUAGAAUGUUCCAUUUAUAAAUGAAAGGUUUUAGAAUGCUCUAGAUAUAAAUGUCAAGUUCAUUUACUAGUCAUAACUAAUAAUGCUAAAUUCUAGUGUGAUCUAGUCAUACAUGUACAAUAUUUGAGUUAUAACUGUAAAGUACUUAACAUUUUUGUCAGAAUAUGUUUAUUUCUAUCAUCUUUAAUGAAGAUUCUUGUCAUAAAACAUUAUUAUUGUCAAGUUCUAGAACAUUCUUUGUCAAAAAAUAUAUGAGUUAUAACUGUCAGGUUCUAGAACACUCUUGUCAUAAAACAUAACUGUCGGGUUCAAAAAUGUUUUGUCAAAAAAAAAUUUGUAUGUUACAUAUAUUUGAGUAUUAUGUUUUUCACUGAACCACUUGUUAUGUGUAUGAAACAAAAUUUCUUGGUUCCUUCUGUCAGCAAAGUAAAGUCACAAAUAUCAUAUUAUUAACAUAUAUCAUUGAUGUAUUUUUAUAAAAUAAAAUUGUAUUACAAUAAACAUUGAAUUG